UCAAGGACAACUGCAAGCUCGAGAUGAAGGAGGCAACCAAGAAAAAGCAGCAGGAGUGGAUCAGGAACGGCCAUGGGAAGUACUCGGAUCUGGGAUCCGAAAAGGGCUUCUUCGAGAUGACCAAGAAGUCGCAGAACUUUGUGUGCCACUUCUAUGCCAGCGGCAACGAGCACUGCAAGCUGGUGGACAAGCACCUGAGGAUCCUGGCGCCGCGACACCUGGAGGCGCGUUUCUGCAAGGUGAACGCCGCCCGGGCUCCCUUCCUCACCCGCCGCCUCCGCAUGGAGGUGCUGCCCACCGUCGUCCUGGUGAAGGACAGCAGGACCAGGGACUUUAUCGUCGGACUCAGCGAACUGGGCGACCGCGCAGACUUCGCCACCGAGGCGAUGGAAAGGCGGAUCGCCCUCUCCGGGACCAUCGAUAAGCAGCCAUCGAAUGGGAAGAGCGCAUCGAAUGGAAAUGGAAACGGGAACGGGAAACCCAAGUCCAACUUGAAACGCCCAAGGAAAUCGAAACGCGGCCACUCCGGAUAACUCUGACUAUCAAUACCCAUAUAUUUUAUAGAGCACCCUUAUUCGGCUGCCUUUCCACGGUUUUUUUGCCUUAUAUUUUUGAUCCAUCAUUACUAAACUUGGGACCACUCAAAAUUUAAACUAUAUUAUAUUGUAUCAUAUUAUAAACACAUUUGGCAGUUGAACUUUUAAAAAUGUACCACAGGCUUUUAUAAUUAUCUAUGCAUUUCUGCUAAGC